AAAUGUCUGCACGUACAAAAUCCAACUUGAAAGUACAUUUGUGCUUUUAAAUCAACGCAUUUGUUGGAAGGAAAACAGUUGUCUAAUGCAAUUGAUGACAACGCAUCUUUACAACAAUUUGUUUGACAAUUUGUUCGUCAAUUUGCAACAACUGCCUGUUGUACAUUUGUUGACAGUUUGUAUUGGGGCUCUGCAGAACAUGCGUGUGGUGUGUUGUUGCAUAUAUAGACAUUCACGAUUCUUUGAAGAUGACCAAGUACAUGUACACAGUGGACUCUGGCAGUGUUGAUUUUUUUUCUGAACAACUUGGUAAAGAGCAUGUCUAGAAAACUUUUGAGACGGUUUUCGAGACCAGAUAAAUCAGCAGAGGAAUGUGGAAAGCCGCACACAGAAUUGGAUGACGUUCAUGAUGUUGGGCAAUUAGCUGAGGGGCCGACGUCUCCCGAACAUGUCUUGAAUGCAGGAACAGAGGAAGGGGCAUCUGGAGAGACGGCCGCUGCCAAGAGAGUCCGCUCUCGGGGUUUCAAGAGCCUCUUCAAGAAAACGCCUAAAUCUGGAGAUCAGCCGAAACCUGACGGGUCAAGCCCCAGACAAAAUCCCGGAACUCCUGAUUGGACGGCGGCAGACAGUAACCUUAGCAAUGAAGCCAUCAUGGAGACAAUGAGAAUGUUUAAGGAAAACAAACUGACCGAAGAUCAAGCUUGGGAAAUGGCGAUGGAAAUGGAAAUGGAACAGAGGAGGAAAAAAGAGCGUAAAUUAGACAUGACCCAACUUCCUCCCACCCCAGUCGGGGAAAAAAGUCCUGAGAGGACACGUUCCAGUAAAGCCAAUAAAUUGAAGAAUAAUGGAAGUAGGAGCGCAGAACAGAGCCCUCUUACACCCUCAGAUACCGACUCUGCUCGUGGCACGGAAGGCGCCACGGGGUCCGAUGAGAGUCUCCCCAGCACACACAAUUACUACGAACCCACUGAACUCUACCCUGGAGUAAUCGACGUCGGAGAUUCUAAAGACACCAGCUUAGAAGACAGAAUGUUCCUCCCGGAGUCCAGGGUCGACAUGUCGAGUAGACUCGGGGCAGACGGGGUCCUCGCGCUCGCUGGACCGUCCAUAGAAGACGAUAUGUACCCGGUCGGUGACGGCCAACCGGCAGCGGCUGUGCAGGACCAGGACGGGCUUACCUUCAUAAACAGCCACGCAGAGAUGGUCUGCCGUUCCGAGGAGCAACUUCCCAACAUGGAUGAGACCAUCUCGAUAUCGGAAUUUAAGAUGGGACUGGAGAGAACCAACUCAGUUGAGUUGGAACACGCCAGACGGUACAGGGAAGGGAGAGACAGCGGGAGUAACUCCCCACCCCACGAAGAUAAAGGAGAGUAUCUGGAACCAACAACUCAAGGCAAUCGAAGUAGAAGAACUAGAGCUGCUAGCUCCCCAGCUAUACCUGUGUGGAGUUUGUCCGAAACUGCAGUCUCAGGUGGCCAUAAAAAGCCAUCCAAAGAGUCAUCUAAAGGAGGAAAAUCAUUUUCGCAAAUAUUCAGGAAUCUUCAGGGUACGCUAAAGAAACCUCAGAAGACGACCCCAUCCCCAGCUCAGUCACCUAGUGGAUCAGACCAAAGUAGCCUGGACCGUGAUAGUACCCUCAGCUCAUUCAGCAGUGCCAGCUCAAAGAGUUCAGUGGAGCCUGAGAACAAGCGACCCACAAACUUGGUGGAUCCGAAGUUCCUAAACAGUCAGGGAGAGUACAUCGGGCCGUACAAUAAUCUGGCAAUCUGCAUCCAGGACAAUCAGCCGAGUCCGUAUGAUAAAGACGGACUAUCCUUAAAGGUCGGAGACUUGGUUUACAUCACGUUGAAACAAGGAGGGUCAUGGGAGGGCGUGUGCGGCCAGCGGCGAGGGAAGUUUAAGUUCAUCAGCGUCCGUGUACUGAGUCCAAAAGAGGAAGAAAAACGGAAGGAGAGCGUCGAGAUGGACCUCGGUGAGAAUGACGACAGUAGCGACACCACACCCUCCGAGAUCAUGCCCAAGUUAUCAAGUCUCAAAGAACUACUGGAACGCAUCGAAUGCGAACAAUACUACUCCAUUUUUCAGCUUCAUGACUUUGGAACGUUAGAGCAGUUCAAAUACCUAGAAUCGAGCCACCUUGGUCUUUUGAACAUUGUCGACCCUGAGCAUAAGGUCAAGAUCCUCACUGCCGCACAGAUUCUUAGAGACCCCAAAUCAGGUAAGGACAGGGCAGCAUCCCAGCAGUUACAGGGUCUUCUGUGGCCGACCAGAAUUCCUUCAGGUCGUAUGUCAACAAGAGACUCUGGCUUCUAUGCAAGUACCGAGACCUGUGUGUCAAUCGAAAGCACCGGCCUCCUCCGACGCAGCGAAGCGGGGGACUCGCUGAUCGAGGAAUGCGAGACUGGGUACCAUGACGAUGACGUGACAGAUGCAUCUCUCCAGGAAAACAGCAACGUGAACAACUCAAACUGUAUAAACGCUGCGCGGAACCAGAACGGGUCCAACGGGGCCGGUAGACUCGGGAACAAGCCGUGCAGGCACGGCCCGCCAGCCAAGAGUAAUCGUAACGUACAGCACCCGCUCUCAGGUUCUCCACAGUGCCCUAGGAAAGAAGGAAAUGGAUCUGCCAGCCCCCUUGCCCAUCACGUGUGCCGAGUGCACACCAACGGUUCGUCCACAAAGUGUGCCCAGCAGAUGCAGCAUCACCAACAGCAGCAGCUGGUCACGGUGAACCCUGCCUGGACGGACAUGGCUCCAUACAGAGACUCUCCCGUGUUCAAACACAGACAUCUAGUUGCCACGUUUAGCGACCCCGGCUCGGCGCCGAACUCCCCGCGUAUAAGGGCCUCGACGAAACAACCCCAGAGGCAUCACGUGAAAACAGGCUGCAGUCAGGAUCAUCAGUGUCCCUCUCCGGACGUUGUGCCAAGAGUCUCGAGCGAAGACAGGGCGAGGUGGAGAAGGAGUGCCCUGUUGGAGAUGUAUGGCAUUCAGGACUCGUCGCGGCUACGUGGGUCAGGACACAUCAUCCAGUCCUCCAUCUCCAAGACACACCCAAGUCCCAAACUCUCCCGUCACGUAAUGGAACAAUAUCAAUACCACGCCCACAACGCUGCGCUGCAACAACAAGUAUCGUCACCCGCUCCCAAGGGACGUCGAAAGUCUCGCAGUGUGUCGCCCCAUAAGCGCCAUCAUCAUCACCACCACCACCAUCACCGUGAGCUUCUCUUGUCCAAUAACUCUGUACAUGCCUCUCCUACAUUGCCGUUGCGGGCGACCAAGUCUCCGCGGCAGCAAGGGUCUGUCCAGUUGGAGUGGAUUGUGGAGAGAACUUUAAGACAUGAAGGGAUUGAUCUAAAAGAGGAGCCUUACUCCAACAAGAUGGGAUUUUGUGGCAUCCCUUCUGCCCUUGUUCAACGCUACGCAGAGGAACUGGAAGCAGAAGUAUCUGAGGUGGCUGUAUGUCUAGAAUCCAUCCGUGUCAGGGAGUUGGUCAAUGCCUGCAGGUGUUGGUUUCGCAGUGACACACUUUCGAACCAGUCUGGAAAGAUCGUCUACGCUGGGACAGGUAGCACCGUCGAGGAGUGGCUGACGUCCCUCGGUCUUCCGAUGUACAUCGACACUUUCACGCUGAGCGGCUGGGACGAGAUGGACAUCGUCGUCCACAUGGAGGAAGAUGACCUGGAGAAAUGCGGCAUCGAAAAGACGUGGCAUCUACGACGACUCACCACUGCACUAGAGCACCUGAAGAUGUCUUGGAAACCAGUCUAGCACGUUGACGUUUGGCACACAAAGGCCAAUGGGAAACACUAUAAGAAUCGCAGAUUUGUAGAAGUGUUUUUUUUUUAAGUCGCUGCAGAAGUACCCUAGGAAUUGUUUCUGUGUUACAGAGUGGAUUAUGUCCCAGUUUCAUAGAGCUGCUUAUAAAGCAGACAAUUUUUCCUUACAGAUUAGCAGGAUACCAGUGAGAAGUUGUGUAUAUGACAUGGUAUUUGGGCUGGUAACCUUUAUAUUCUGGUAAGCAUAAUUUUGUUGUGCUUAGCAACUUUUCGUACCUGAGCAGGUCUAUGAAAUUGGGCUCUGAUUAAUGCAGAAAUGUUGUACUGUAACUUGUUGCACUUAUUGCACUGACUACAUCAGCCAGGUAUGGUUAAUUUGUGAACAGCACUCUUUAAAUUUCAGACUUUUUGGUCUGUUAGAUGGAAGCAGAUUCUGCGACAAAAUGCACACUGGUGCUCAAGAAUUUUUUUUUUUAAAACAAGCAUAAAAUUGCCUCAAAUGAAAUUGUUGUUAGCAAAUUUUCUGAAAACAAAUUUACAAAAUUCUGACACAAAACAUUGAUAAUUAGGUAAAAAAAUGAAUAGAUUUGUGAAACAUAUUUACAGAAGUUCGAAACUUGUUUCCACUUUUUCCCACGCCUCUUUCUGCAACCUUUAGAUUAAUUGAGUGUUCUCAGAGGUGUCCACAAAACUGUGCUUUCCGUUAAUUUCUCGUGUGAAGUAUUCUUGAUCAAAAAUAAUCUUCCAAUCAUCAACUUUGCUAAAAUACUUUUUAAUAAUUAAUUUCAAAUUGACAUUACAUAUCUUAUUUUGCAACUUGUUUAUCAGGUUCGGGCUUUCAAAUGUCUUUUUUUUUUUGCAUUAUUGUUGUCCUCCAGUUAACUGGUGCCAUUUUAAACUGGCUCCCUUGUUAACAUAUGACAAAUUAGAAUGCACUGAACAAGGGAGCAGUUUGGUUUUUCCCUUCCAGCCUCAGUUUGGUGUCCUUGGCUUUUAAUGGGCCAGAAGGAAUAAAGAUGGCGACAGUAUGAUCCAGAAAGGUGGAUUGAGAUCUGGCAUUUUUAUCUCAACCACAGAUCAAGAUCUUGUGUUGCAUUUACACCAAUGCUCGAUCCAGCUCUGAUUCCACUUUUGAUUACAGCAGUCACACGAAAACACAGGCAAAAGCCCAACCAUUGAAAACAAAAAAUUGCCUCUCUAAAUUGCGAUGUCUAAUCCAGCUUUGCGUUGUUUCCGGAAUGCACUUUGCCAGAUCCUAUCCACCAAUUUCAGGGUUGAACCCUCCCCAAAAGGUGGAUUAAAAUUCCAGGAUCUUGAACCGGGUCUAAUCCGUCAUUCUGGAUCUAGUGUAAAGGCCGAGUCACACUGCAGCGAGAGCGAAAACAACGAUCACGAUGCAAAGAGGAUGCAUUCUAUUGGUUGAAAUGCUCCACGCACAAUACGCACGUGCCCAUUCAACCAAUAGAAUGAGUUCUCUUUGCGUCUUGAUCGUUAUCGCUGCAGUGUGACUCGGGUUUUUAACAGGGUGAUAGUGUGUUGGUCACUCUUUGUGAUGAGCUUCUUGCAUAUAAUGCCGAACUAGAAUCUGUACAGGUGUUUACUGAUGUUAUCUCUUUCCAAUUUUGGUGAUACACAUUUAAGUGCACUGCUAUGAGGUCUGCCCUGGGGAGAUAACUUCCCUCCGUGAAUUGUGGGGAGAAGUUCAGUAAAGAGACAGGCUUUAUAAUGGUAAAACAUCCUACACAACACAGGGCAAACUCGGCAGCACACUUUGUUGUGAAUCCCAAAAAUAAAUUCUUUGUUAUUUUUUUUCAAUACUCAGUGCAACUUUUGUGUUAUAUUUCAUGGUGCUGUUUAUUUAUACAUCUUUCCAGUGGAGUGUACUACGUUUACUUUGGUUGGUGCUAAUUAUUAUAAAUGGUUGCAGUCGACGCACUGACUACACUUAUAAUUAUAUUUUGCGGCCAUAUUGGUUUUAGUCUUCAUUUUGAAACAAAAUUAUGUCAAUAUUUUAAUUUAGUUGUUGUUGAGGGAAAUACCUGUUGUCACAUUUAUGCUUGUUAACAGACACAACCCAGUAGGCCUUACCACCACAUCAACUGUUAAACAGUGGCACCCACGUAGAUAAUGCGUAUGAUACUGACAUGGCACAUUGUGUCUAGCACUCUGCAAAUGAACCAGGGAGGAGGCAUUUCAGACUUUAAUCUGAAUUCAAACUUCUUAAAGUCUGCCUGGUGAACAAAUUUGUUUCUUUGUAUUUUUCUCCAAAUUAAUGCUUUGAUUUGCUUCUCUAGUGCUGAGGAUACUGUUCUUAAAAGCUCCUUGGAAUCUAUAACUCCGGGGGUGGAUUUCACAAAGA